UUCCGGGGAGACAUUGAAUGACUUUGGCUGCAUCGCAAUAAAAAAUAUAUAUAUAAAUUGUCAGUUUAUUAUAAAUUGCAAAACCGAUUAUGGAGGCUCUUAUCCCCGUAAUAAAUAAGCUCCAGGAUGUAUUCAACACCGUCGGGGCGGAUAUCAUUCAGUUGCCGCAAAUUGCAGUUGUGGGGACUCAGAGUAGUGGAAAGAGCUCUGUGCUGGAGAGCCUGGUGGGCAGAGACCUGCUGCCCCGUGGGACUGGUAUUGUAACCAGGAGACCUCUCAUCCUCCAACUGGUCCAUGUAGAUCCUGGAGAUGCUAGGAAGAUCGAGGAUGGUGGCAGAGAUGCUGAAGAGUGGGGCAAGUUUCUGCACACUAAAAACAAGAUCUACACCGAUUUUGAUGAAAUACGGCAGGAAAUUGAGAACGAGACGGAGCGAGUGUCGGGUAAUAAUAAGGGAAUCAGCGACGACCCCAUUCACCUGAAAAUCUUCUCUCCUCACGUGGUCAACCUCACGCUGGUGGAUCUGCCUGGAAUCACAAAGGUACCUGUAGGCGAUCAGCCUAAAGACAUCGAAAUUCAGAUAAGAGAUCUGAUCCUGAAGCACAUCUCCAACCCUAACUGCAUCAUCCUCGCCGUCACGGCGGCCAACACGGACAUGGCCACGUCAGAGGCCCUCAAAGUGGCCCGGGAGGUGGACCCCGACGGCAGGAGGACGCUGGCUGUGGUGACCAAACUGGACCUGAUGGACGCCGGCACCGACGCCAUGGACGUGCUGAUGGGCCGGGUCAUUCCCGUCAAACUGGGCAUCAUCGGAGUCGUUAACAGAAGCCAGCUGGACAUCAACAAUAAGAAGUCGGUGGCCGAUGCAAUCCACGACGAGCACGCCUUCCUGCAGAAGAAAUACCCGUCUCUGGCCAACAGAAACGGAACCAAAUACCUGGCCAGAACCCUCAACAGGUUACUGAUGCAUCACAUCCGAGACUGCCUCCCCGAGCUGAAGACGCGGAUCAACGUCCUGGCGGCCCAGUACCAGUCCCUGCUCAGCAGCUACGGCGAACCCGUGGAGGACCAAAGCGCCACCUUGCUGCAGCUCAUCACCAAAUUCGCCACGGAGUACUGCAACACCAUCGAGGGCACGGCCAAGUACAUCGAGACGGCCGAGCUGUGUGGCGGAGCCAGAAUCUGUUACAUCUUCCACGAGACUUUUGGUCGAACGCUGGAGUCUGUGGAUCCUCUGGGAGGACUCACCACUAUAGACAUCCUGACAGCCAUCAGGAACGCAACAGGUCCGCGCCCGUCCCUCUUCGUGCCCGAGGUUUCCUUCGAGCUGCUGGUGAAGAAGCAGGUGAAGCGUCUGGAGGAGCCCAGCCUGCGCUGCGUGGAGCUGGUCCACGAGGAGAUGCAGAGGAUCAUCCAGCACUGCAGCAACUACAGCACGCAGGAGCUGCAGAGGUUCCCGAAGCUCCACGAGGCCAUAGUCGAGGUGGUGACCUCGCUGCUGAGGAAGAGGCUGCCCAUCACCAACGAGAUGGUCCACAAUCUGGUUGCCAUCGAGCUGGCGUACAUCAACACCAAACAUCCCGACUUCGCAGACGCCUGCGGGGUCAUGAACAACAACAUCGAGGAGCACAGGAGGAACCGGAUGAGAGAGCUGCCCUCUGCAGUUCCUCGAGACAAGGCCCCGGCAGCAGCAGGGUCCCAGGGCGAGCAGGACGGCACCGGCACCUGGAGGGGGAUGCUGAAGAAAGGAGAGGAUGCACCGGGAUCUGGACCAGGAAGUCCACUAAAAGGAGCUGUCAACCUGCUUGAUGUGCCCGUCCCAGUAGCUAGGAAGCUGUCGUCACGUGAGCAGCGAGACUGUGAGGUCAUCGAACGCCUCAUCAAGUCUUACUUYCUCAUCGUGCGCAAAAACAUCCAAGACAGCGUGCCAAAGGCAGUGAUGCACUUCCUGGUCAACCACGUGAAGGACAGCCUGCAGAGCGAACUUGUUGGCCAGCUCUACAAAUCGGGCCUCCUCAACGAUCUGCUGACAGAGUCGGAGGACAUGGCCCAGCGGCGCAAAGAAGCUGCCGACAUGCUGCAGGCACUACAACGAGCCAGUCAGGUGAUCGCUGAAAUUAGAGAAACACAUAUGUGGUGAAGAACAUCAUCUGUUUUCUCCAUUUAGAGAAGAAAUGCUCCACUUCAUGUUUAAACUUGAAGUUUUGUAUCAUGUUAGCUUAGAAGCACUGACUGAAUUUAUUUAACAUACUUGGUAUUAUUUAAAUACAGCAAUGCUGGUGCACACAAAAACUGUUUUUAUUUCCAUUUGUCCCCUUAGCUGCUACAUAAGAACAUGAAAUGCACUGAAUUUGAUGAUUAUUGUUCACAGGCAGGUUUUAUUUACAGUUAUUGAUGUUGUCCAGCGUCUCAUUUAAAGGUAGCUUUGUGCACUUUCCACACAAGACUGUAAAAUACAUAGAAGAUAAAUAUCUUGAUGCUGUUGUCAACAUUAAUUUAUGUUUACUGUGAACUGUGGCUCCAUAAACAAUCUUAUUCCAUAAAGAA